GCAAUCUAGAUCGAGGAACGAUUCCCGACGAUAGAUGGCGGAAUGUCUUUCAUAAAGUUGUCGCACGUGUUACGUUGCCACGGUUUCGCGAGGCUCGUUACUUCUCCGUCGCGAGUCGUAGCGGCCGGCAGCACGGUUAGAGCUUUCACCGCGUUCGUGAAAUUGUGCAGGAACAUGUCGUACACCACCGUCGAGAGGGGUGCGCUCAACAGCACGGAUUACAGGGUGUAUUUCAAAAAUGACGUAGGUGUGCCAAUUUCACCCAUGCACGACAUUCCACUUUUCGCCGACAAGGAAAACAAAAUACUGAACAUGGUUGUUGAAAUUCCAAGAUGGACCAAUGCUAAAAUGGAGAUCUGUCUCAAGGAGGCCUUGAAUCCUAUCAAACAAGAUGUUAAGAAGGGCAAAUUGAGAUUUGUCGCAAAUUGCUUUCCUCAUCAUGGUUACAUAUGGAAUUAUGGAGCUUUGCCACAGACUUGGGAAAAUCCUGAAGUUUUGGAUGAGGCAACUGGCUGCAAAGGUGACAACGAUCCUAUUGAUUGUCUUGAAAUAGGUCACAGAAUUGCAAAACGAGGCGAAAUAUUGAAAGUGAAAGUUCUUGGAACAGUGGCACUUAUUGACGAAGGUGAAACCGAUUGGAAAAUUAUUGUGAUUGACGUUAAUGAUCCUUUGGCAGAUCAUAUGAAUGAUGUAAGCGAUAUCGAGAAGCAUUGUCCUGGUUUGUUGAAGGCCACAAUUGAAUGGUUUAAAAUAUAUAAAAUUCCGGACGGGAAACCCGAAAAUCAAUUUGCAUUUAACGGAGAAGCAAAGUCACGAGAAUUCGCAUUGAGCAUUAUUGAUGAAGUGCACGAACAUUGGCAACAUCUAAUUCAACAAGAAGCUGACUCCGGUGGAAUAAUAUGUUCUAAUAUAACUGUGGAAGAUAGUCCUUAUAAGAUUACCACGGAAACUGCGGAAGAGUUUUUGGAAAAAGCACCUGAGCCCGCACCUGAACUUCAACCUGUAGAAUCUAUAGUCGAUAAAUGGCAUUAUGUACAUCUUAAAUGAGGAUAAGCAGAUAUCGUACGUUGAAGCGCAUACUACUUGCUCUGUUCGCACUCAACAUGGAUUUGUUUUUUUUAUUUAUCAGUUUUAUACUUUUUUGCAAUCUAAUAUCUCGUUUUCUUUACUACAUUGAACCAAUUAUGGAUAGUAUUUAAACAGUUUGAUUUAUAUAUAUGCGGUAACGUUACAAGGAGUCUAUUGCUUGUUAAUCAUCUUUGCGUCUGUUACUUCUGUUUUUUAUGAUACUAUAACUGUGACAUGUUUGUAGAUAAAGUGGCUACAAAAUUACUCGUUGCAAGCGUCUUUAGACAUAUUCCGCAUAUAUAUCUCUUCUGUUGCGAUACGGAUACCCCUAUAGCAGCAUGUUCCUAUCGUAAAACAAACAUAGUUUCAUUAUGGGUUGUGAAACAGAUAUGAAGUCGUUCCGAACAGAUUUUUUUUUUUAGACAAAAGAACGCGGUUAGGUUCCUUAACAGUAUUUGUUCCGGUCUGGAGAGUUAACAAUAAAUAAACUGGUAUGAA